UAUUGAACGAGCUUGUUUUGAAUACAGCAACAAAAUCUGUCUUGGCAACCGUACCAUAAACCGAACCUUAAUCCAGCCUAGGAAGUGAGUAAAUAAAAGAAGGAGAGAUCAGAAAACGAUUAUUUCAUCCUAUACCAGUUUCAUAAUCCAACAUGGACACAGAAUAUCUAAAGAAACAUCUUGGAGACUGCCUGACUAGAGCUUUGGCAGAGGUAGCAGAGAAGAGACCUCUUGAUCCAAUUGAAUACAUCGCACAAUGGCUCAAUAAAUACAAGGAGAAUGAAGUCUGCGCAAAUGAGCAAGCAGAGCUAGCUGUCAGACUGGACGGGGAGAGGAUAGAGGCGGAGAAAGAGAAGGAGAGACAAGAAAAGAUGAGAGCAGAAGCAGAGAGGUUAGCACAAGAGGAGAAAGAAGCAAGAGAGCAGGCUGAAGAGAGAGCUAGAGAGGAAGCUGAGACAGCAGAGAAGAAUGCAGCUCCUAAGGAUCGCUCCAAUCUGCCUGGAGCACCUAACCUAGAGACAGUGAUGGAGGGUGAGGAGGCUGGGGAUGAUGAAGCCAAGCAAGCAAACCAGGAAACUCAAGAAACACAGGAGGAGACACCAGCAGCAGAGCCAGCGGAGGGUCAACAAGAAGGAGAAACACCGAUGGAAGAAGGAGGAGAAGAACCGGCUGCUGCUGCUGAUGCUGAUGCACCGGCCGAGGGUGAACCAGCCGAGGGUGGUGAUGGGGGAGGCCAGGAACAAGCUGCUGAAUAAAUCUUUCUUAUCUUACAAUUAAUUGAGACUCUGAACAAUGACCAAGGAGAUGUCAAUGAAUUCUAUCUGGAAUACCUGCAGAUUCUUUCGCUUCACUACGAGACACUUUUUCUGGAGAGCCACAGCACUUUGAUAUCUGUCAUACAACCAGAUUUAGUCUGUAAAUCUGAAUGGACAAGGACAUCGGCUGAAUAUGAACAACAAUAGGAAAAGGUGUUUUGGUUUAUAUUUUUCGUACCAUGAUUGAUGAAGACACUUUAAAAAAAAAAAAUCUUUGAAAUAAAGUAAAAGUGGUCUGCAUCAAUUCUUGGGCGAUAAAUAUUGUCACAGCUCUUCUCCAACUUGUUCCUAUUCAGGUACAGCCAGGUACAUGUUUACCUUUCCUACUACAGAAGACACAAGAUUUAAUUACAAUGAACACAAUUUUAAUGAAAAGUUUAAUAAUUUUCUUAAAAUUCCACAUGCCUAUAAAAUAUGAGUGAGUAGAGUGCUAAAGUCACUACAAUAUAUGAAAUUGUUAUGUCUAUUAGAAGGAGAAAAUGUUUGUGGGACACUUAUGAAUGUAUUCCGUCUGGUUUCUUUGUGGAUUUCAAAGUUGAAUGUUUCCAUCAUUCCUCUUCCAUAUAGCUGCCCAGUUGAUGUAUUCUCAAACCAAGUUUUCAGUUUAAUAAUGAGAAUUUUUUAUAUGAUCAGUGAUUCAUAUACUAGUAAUAGAUUGUCAGUACCCUGUGUGAUCUGUGAUAUUUGAUAGGUUUUUGAGUAAUCAAAGGAAUGUGACCCUAAAAGAAGAAAAUACACCUUUCUGUGAAAUCAUCAACGUAAUGUCUUCACUAAAUUAUAAUAUCGAACUAUUAAAUGUUAUGAUUAACAAGGGGUAUAUGAGAAUGGGAGCACCUUAUAGGAUCUACAUUACAAGCAGCUACACAGUAUAACCUUAUGAUAGGCCAAUAGCAGAGUUGUAGUUGUUGUAUACUUUUUGUUCGAUGCCCAUGCCUCCAUUAAUAUAAUUUUAGGCAGAUUUGCUUAGAAAUACUUGGUAGCAGAGCUCAAAUUCAGCUAUCCAUUUAUAUCCUUGUGGGUAUCUUAAAUGUUUACAAAGUUAAUGUAUUCAAAUUAAUUACAUUUUAUGUGUGUACAUGUUUGUCCAUAUUGUAAAUAAAAUGUUUUGAUCUGUAUUCUUGUGGUUUGUGAUUUAAUUGCCCCGUUGUUCAUGAAAUCCAAAUGUCUCUCCAACUUGAAGGUAAUACUCAUCGUUAGCUAAAGACGUCUAUUUGGUGAACUUUUUAAUUAUUAUUAGUUAAUUUAGUUUUUCAAAGAUUGAUUUGAUGUUUGAUUUCAUCAAAUAGCCUUCCAAAAAGUGUUAGGACAGGAAUGAUUUAUUUGGCUGGAUAGAUCUGCUUUUCCAUUUAAAUAUAGUUCUCACUUUAGAAUUCCCAAUUAUUCCUUUAAUUGGAAACUUUACUUCAUUACCUGUGAGUUGUAAGACUUGAAACAAUUUCAUCAACAUUUGAAUCAUGGUCAUGUAUCAAGGGAAUCAGUUGCAGCAAAAGAUAUUGAUCAGUAUCUCACAUUUCCUUCAAAACCCUUGACUUCUCAACAUUUUUGUGUUAAAAAAAAAAAGCCACAACUUAUCCUGAGAAAAUCAAGAAAAUAUAUUGGACCCUUCAA